AGUAUUCUGAUUUCUGACACGUAUGUGAAUGGUACGGAUGGCUGGUUAAAUGAUAUUUAUUUGCAUUAUUUCGGCUUUUCUAAGUCUUCUGGAACUACAUUUAUAAUUAAGAGAUGAAGCCUGUCAGCAAAGGGGAAAUUCCAAGAAUUCGCCUCGAAAUUGCUCAACUACUGCCCUCUACUCACUACUAGAAAAUUGAGGUGUUGGUUCGUGUCCUCCGCUCGCGUGCGGGACUGUUUAGGUUUAGACUGGGAGGCAGCAUUAUGAUACUAUUAUGCCUAUUAUGAUGCAUUAAUGUGGAAGUAGGAUUGGUCAUCUGGCUCGGCUACCACACUGCUUAAAUUGAACGGGUACGCGGACAUCGUGGAGCCCAGCAACGACAAUUUUGAGGUGCCCUGCUUCACGGGAUUCACGGAAGACCUCGAGUGACAUCACCGCAUCAAAAUGAGCACUAUAUCAGAACAACCUUGUUAUACUCUAAUUAACAUAGCUAUCGACACUGAACCAUUCAAUGAGCUUCAGUUAAAGCAAGAUCUUGAAAACGGCGAUGUCAACACUAAAGUCGAUGCUCUCAAGAAAACUAUCCAUAUGAUCCUUAGUGGAGAAAGGCUUCCAGGUCUUCUGAUGACGAUUAUUCGUUUUGUUUUACCUCUUCAAGAUCAUAUGAUAAAGAAACUUCUUCUAAUAUUUUGGGAGAUCGUGCCAAAAACUUCUCCGGAUGGAAAAUUACUUCAAGAAAUGAUUCUAGUGUGUGAUGCCUAUAGAAAGGAUCUUCAGCAUCCUAAUGAGUUUGUCAGAGGUUCCACAUUAAGAUUUCUCUGUAAGUUAAAGGAACCAGAAUUGCUCGAGCCUUUGAUGCCAGCGAUAAUAGCGUGCUUAGAGCAUAGACACUCGUAUGUUCGACGUAAUGUAGUUCUUGCGAUUUUUACCAUUUAUCGCAAUUUUGAGUUUCUAAUACCAGAUGCUCCGGAGCUAAUCGCUAAGUAUUUAGAGGGGGAGCAGGACAUGUCCUGCAGGAGAAAUGCAUUUCUGAUGCUUUUGCACGCUGACCAAAACAGAGCUUUGGCAUAUUUGACUGCUUGUCUAGAUCAGGUACCCAGCUUUGGCGAUAUCCUUCAACUCGUUAUUGUGGAACUAAUUUACAAGGUGUGUUUAGCUAAUCCUCCUGAGCGUGCACGCUUUAUCAGGUGUAUUUAUAGUUUAUUAAACUCACCAAGUGCUGCUGUUCGAUAUGAAGCAGCUGGCACUUUAGUUACUCUUUCUAGUGCACCGACGGCAAUAAAAGCUGCUGCUUCAUGUUAUAUAGAACUUGUUGUUAAGGAGAGUGAUAACAAUGUCAAACUCAUCGUGCUUGAUAGGCUGAUUGCGAUGAAGGAAUGUCCCUCGCACGAAAGAGUCAUUCAGGAUCUCGUCAUGGAUAUUCUUCGCGUUCUAGGUUCGCCAGCGUUGGAAGUACGCACGAAAACGUUGUCGUUGGUGAUGGAUUUGGUAACAACUCGAACGAUUGAAGAAAUGGUUCAGUUGCUGAAGAAAGAAGUGACGCGCAGUGCAAGUGGAGAACACGAAGAUGCCGGAAAAUAUCGGCAACUGCUCGUAAGAACCCUUCACGCAUGUUCCAUAAAAUUUUCGGAUGUGGCUGCUACUGUUAUACCCGUGUUGACGGAUUUUUUGGUUGAGAACAAUGAGGCCGCGGCCACUGACGUCCUUGUUUUUGUGCGAGAAGCUAUUCAGAGAUUUGAUAAUCUCAGACCACUAAUUAUCGAGAAGCUUCUGGAGGUGUUUCCACAAAUUCGAUCAGUAAAAGUGCAUAGAGCAGCACUCUGGAUUUUGGGAGAGUACGCAACAUCAAAAGACGAUAUAGAAGCAGUCAUGAACCGCAUUAGAGCUGCUUUGGGAGAUUUGCCUUUAGUGGAGGCAGAAAAUAAUAGGCAAGCAGGAGAAAAAUCUGUGGAAGAAAGUGCACAAAAUGUAACUACACAGCUUGUUACUUCGGACGGAACUUACGCAUCUCAAAGCGCUUUCAAUUCGGCCACGAAAGGAACAAAAGAGGAGCAGAGACCGGCACUCGUCCAGUAUAUGAUGGAGGGAGACUUUUUUAUUGGCGCUUCGCUGGCUACAACGCUCUCAAAACUUGCACUUCGUUACAAGAAUUUAGAGACGAACUUGCAAACGAGCAACAGACUGCAAGCCGAGACAAUGCUUGUUAUGUCCAGUAUCUUACAACUCGGUCGUUCUGGGCUUCCUUCGAAAGCAAUGACUCACGAUGAUGCUGAAAGAGUUUCUCUAUGUUUGCGAUCACUGGCAUGCCCUAAUCCUCUUGCGCAAAAAGUAUUUACCGAAGGAUGCCGUGAAGCUCUUGGGAGGAUGCUCACAGCCAAAGCAGAAGAAGAUUCGCAGGACCAAAAGGCGAAGGAGAAGCCUGGAAACAUCGUACAAGUAGAUGAUGCAAUUCCAUUCCUUCAAUUAACUCGUGGAUCGGACUUGACUGGUGGUGCAGGAGACGUUUUUGAACAAAGUUUGAGUGCUGCAGUAGCAGGAAAGCCUGGCGGAGCUGGCGAAGUUUCUGUCCCCAGCGCCCUUAGUAAAGUAACCCAGCUUACGGGUUUCUCAGAUCCCGUUUAUGCCGAGGCUCUUGUACAUGUGAACCAAUAUGAUAUCGUUCUUGAUGUUCUAAUCGUUAAUCAGAGUGAAGAUACUCUGCAAAAUUGUACGCUUGAAUUGGCCACGAUGGGUGACCUGAAACUUGUAGAAAGACCUCAACCCAUCGUGCUUGCUCCUCGAGAUUUUGCGAGUAUCAAAGCAAACGUUAAGGUGGCCUCUACAGAAAAUGGCAUCAUUUUUGGAAAUAUUGUGUACGACGUCUUUGGUGCAGGAUCAGAUAGAUGUGUAGUCGUUUUAAACGAUAUUCACAUCGAUAUAAUGGAUUACAUCGUUCCAGCAACAUGUACCGAUGCAGAAUUUCGACAAAUGUGGGCAGAAUUUGAGUGGGAGAAUAAGGUUUCGGUGAACACGACCCUUUCCGAUCUACGAGAUUACCUGGCUCACCUUCUUAAGUCAACAAAUAUGCGCUGCUUAACACCAGAAAAGGCUCUUUCAGGACAAUGUGGCUUUAUGGCAGCAAACAUGUAUGCAAAGUCUAUUUUCGGUGAAGACGCUCUGGCCAAUUUAUCAAUCGAGAAGCCGCUCAACAAACCAGAUGCUCCAGUCGUCGGGCACAUUCGCAUCAGAGCAAAAAGUCAAGGAAUGGCUCUUUCGCUCGGCGAUAAGAUCAAUUCCACGCAGAAAGGUCCACAGAGUAAAGUCGUUCAAGCCGCCUGAAUGUUGAAUCUGAAUUUACUUGACUUUUUGCGGGGCAGUAUAACUAAUUAUCUAUAAUAAAAAGGCAUAGGUCGUAAGAAAUGUAUGUUUAUUUCAGAAUAAAAAAUUUUUAUCUGCAAA